UGCACGGACGAACUGAAGUGCAUUGAAGACUGCUGAGUGCUUAACACCAUCGCAAGAAGGCGUUUAUAGGAAACACGUUAUACUUUUACAGUUACGUUGACCUGAAGUGCCAUUAACUUCAAUACAUAAACUUUCAUACGUUUGUAAUACUCAAAGUUAUCUGAUUUGAGUGAUAAUGGAGUGUGCAAAGUGGUUAUUUUUGUUAACGGCCGUGUCUUUAGUGGCGCUGCAUUCAGCCGAGGAGGAUGUCAGCAGAACCGGUAGAGACUUACUGGAUUGGAUCGGUUUGGGAACGGGGCCCGACGUCGACCCGUACCUCGCCAGAGCUAAUACAGGAUGUUUAAAUGGAGAUCUCGCAGAGUGUUUCAAAUCUAGAGCCCUCCAAUCGCUGGACGAAUUUUUCAAUCAGCGAUCUUAUCAACUAACCGAAAAUGCGAGAAUUUUGCGUAUGCCCGAAACGCAAUUACGACAAUUAUCACACGAGCGGUACGAGUAUUCCGAACUUCCGAGAGGUGAUGAGCCGGAAUGGGAUCAAUUAGUGAAAUUCGCUGCGAGGAGGGUUGAAAAGUUUCUCAAAUCGACUGGUAUCGAAGUAAAAAUGAAUGAUGAGGUGACCGAAAACGGGAGAUAUUCACCUAGAUUUGUGGAUGAAAUCGCUGACGAGAUUGACAUAAUUGAAGAUAAAAAGGACAGCUAUUUCAAUAGAAAACAACUUAAGAAGCUGUUCAUUCCCAUGCUGAUAAUACUGAAGCUCUUCAAAUUGAAACUGCUGCUAUUCCUACCACUCAUCCUCGGUCUGGCAUCAUUCAAGAAACUGUUAGGUUUUCUGGCCAUAGUAAUUCCUGGUGUGAUAGGAUUUUUCAAACUGUGUAAACCAGACUUGCAUUCGGCCUUCGGACACAGUGACCAUUACAGCGGUCCUCACUACUCGCCCGCGGGAAUAGGAUACUACCCGCACGUCAAAGAAUCCUACCCGACAUACUCUCGUGAUUACUCAAGUCCGCAUCAUUACGGGCACAACGGUGUUGCCUUUGAAGAUUACCGUAAAUCUGCUCAGGAGCUGGCGUACUCAGGCUAUUCAGAUUACAGAAAUUCUAAGCGUAACUUAGAUGGUGAUGUCGAGGUUGAGACCAGCUCAAAGAAGUCCAUACUUCCAGAUUCGUGAUUCUCAACACGAUAAUAAGCACCGGCAUUGCUUGAUUUAUUUUAUGUUAGCGUAUAAAGCGUGCAUGUGUAAAAGUUCCGACGCUCAAUUGACUUUUAUUGUAAUUUAUUUUCAAAGUCUAACCUUAAAUUUUAUUUAUGUUAGUGUUAAAUGUACAUUAUGUAAAUAUUUAUUAGCGUAAAAUGUACCGGUUUACAUACCAAAUAUAGUACUAAUCCAAUAA